GUGAUGAACUCAUAAAGACAGUGUAUGGAGACAGAAUGAAGUGAAAUAUCAUGAAAGGUGUUUGAUAUUGAACAGUUUUUCUGCAGCCAUAUUGAUAUAAUCAUUCAUUUAAACUAUAUCAUGGAGAGUGAUAAAAUGUUUACAUAUAAUAAAGAUGACUUAAAAGAAACAAUUCACACAUGGGUGGAUAAAAGUGAGAAAAUCAAUAGCAAGUUUGAUGAUAUAUUAAGAAGCUCCUGGGAUAAAGCUAUGGAAAAAGGAGUGUUCCGAUAUACUAUGGAUCAUAUUGAAACUAAAGUAUUAGAUGGACCGAAGCAAUAUGUCUGUCAGUUGAAUGUAAAGAGGGCUACAGAAAGAAGAACUCCACAAAAAAUAACUAGUUUGAAUCAACCCUUUGAUCCAAAUGAUUUUAAUUUCACCAAAAUCAAAGAUAAUGAAAUUUUGAUGAGUUUACACAAUCAAAAUGCUGAAAAUCAAUCAGAUGAAAAUGAUCAAAAAGAGCCACCAGAACGUCAUCUUGUUAUUGUUAAUAUUAGUCCUAUUGAAUAUGGUCAUGUUUUAAUUGUACCACAAAUAGAUUCUUGUAUACCACAGGUUUUAACUGAGAAGGCAAUAGAAGUAGGUUUAGAAUCAGUUCUCCUCAGUGCUAGGAGAAGUUUUAGGCUUGGUUUUAAUAGUUUAUGUGCCUAUGCAUCAGUUAACCACUUACAUUUCCAUGCUUAUUAUUUAGAACAUGAACUAUUAAUUGAAUAUUGGCCUGCUAAACAUAUCACUGGUGUUUUAUAUGAAACUAAAGCUAUGCCAGUACCUGGCUUUGUUUUUCAACUACAUGGUAGUACCAUAUCACAAUUAAAACGGGUUGUACAUAAAGUUACGCAAUAUUUUCAAGAGAAUGAGAUAGCACAUAGUGUUUUGAUAUUACGUGGUGUUAAGAUUGGCGAAGAAAGAUCUAGUAAACAAACCACAGUUAGAGUCUACGUCUGGCCCAGACAGAAAUUCAAAGGAGCCUGGCUAGAUGCAUUCAAUAUAGCUGUUAUAGAGAUGGGUGGCCAUUUACCUAUCAAAGAUGAGAAAUCGUUUCAUAGUUUAACGGAAUCAGAAACUGAUAAAAUUCUAGAAACAGCCAAACUACCAGACAAUGAAUAUGAGAAAAUCAAAGCAGAUGUUACAAAGAUAGUUUUUGAAGAUGACAGUGAAAAUGGACAGAGUUGA